AUGAACGGCUACCGCUCCCCCUACCUGUACAUGGGCGGCCCGGUGUCGCAGCCGCCGCGGGCGCCCUUGCAGCGGACGCCCAAGUGCGCGCGCUGCCGGAACCACGGGGUGCUAUCCUGGCUUAAGGGCCACAAGCGCUACUGUCGCUUCAAGGACUGCACCUGCGAGAAGUGCAUCCUGAUCAUCGAGCGGCAGCGGGUGAUGGCGGCGCAGGUGGCGCUGCGGCGGCAGCAGGCCAACGAGAGCCUGGAGAGCCUCAUCCCGGACUCGCUGCGGGCUCUGCCAGGGCCUCCGCCGCGGGGGGACGCCGCGGCCACCGCCGCCACCGCCUCGCAGUCGUCGCCAGCCUCCCAGGCGUCCCAGCCGCCGGCGCCGCCUCGUCCUGCCGCCGAGUUGGCUGCGGCCGCUGCGCUGCGCUGGGUCGCCGAGCCCCAGCCCGGGACGCUGCCAGCGCAGCUUGCUAAGCCAGAUUUGACUGAAGACCGACUUGGGGACAGCAGUUCAGCAGACAAUGCUGCGGAGUCCUUCAGUGACAAAGACACCGACCAGAGGAGCUCCCCAGAUGUGGUCAAAAGCAAGAACUGCUUCACUCCGGAGAGCCCCGAGAUCGUGUCCGUGGAUGAAGGUGGGUACGCCGUGCAGAAAAACGGGGGCAACCCGGAGAGCUGCCCUGACAGCCCCAAGUACCACGCUGAGCAGAGCCAUCUCCUGAUCGAGGGCCCGUCAGGGACCGUCUCUCUGCCCUUCAGCUUGAAAGCCAACCGGCCACCCCUGGAAGUGUUGAAGAAAAUCUUUCCCAACCAGAAGCCCACUGUACUGGAGCUCAUCCUGAAAGGCUGCGGGGGCGACCUGGUCAGUGCCGUGGAGGUCCUGCUGUCCAGUCGGUCCUCCGCGGCUGGGGCGGAGCGGACGGCCGAAGAGAGCCUGGUGCUGCCCUCCAGCGGCCAUAUCUUUGAACACACGCUGGGCUCCUACCCUAUCUCUUCCUCCAAGUGGUCCGUGGGCUCUGCCUUCCGAGUCCCUGACACCUUACGCUUUUCCGCGGACUCCAGCAACGUGGUCCCCAACCCCUUGGCCGUGCCCCUGCAACAUCCUUUCCCCCAGCCACCCCGGUAUCCGCUGAUGCUGAGGAAUACUUUGGCCAGAAACCAGUCGAGCCCCUUUUUGCCCAAUGACGUCACCCUGUGGAAUACCAUGACACUGCAGCAGCAGUACCAGCUGAGGUCCCAGUAUGUCAGUCCAUUUCCCAGUAACUCCACUAGCGUCUUCCGGAGCUCGCCCGUGCUCUCCUCUCGCACCACAGAAGACCCUCGGAUCUCCAUCCCCGACGAUGGGUGUCCAAUCGUGACAAAGCAGUCCAUUUACACAGAGGAUGACUAUGAUGAGAGGUCCGACUCCUCAGAUUCUAGAAUACUCAACACGUCAUCCUAA